AUGAUAACUAAAGUAUUCAGACGAUUUAGUCUUCUCAGUGAUCGCUAUGCACAGACAAUUUUUAAAGCAGCUGGAGAACAUGGAGAAAUUGAGAAGGUUUCAGAAGAUAUGAAGUUUAUCACUGAACUCCACAAUACAUCCCCUGAAUUCAAAGCAAUUCUUGUUGACCCAACCAUAAAGAAAACUAAAGUCAAUGAAAUCUUACUCAUUAUCAUAUAGAAAAAGAUUUUUUUUUUUAUAUAUUUUAUUUAAGAAUUAUUUAUGGGUUUAUUCGAGAUUCUUUUAUAGCAAGGUUAGAAGAACUCGGAGACAAAGCUAAUUUCACUGAUACCACUAAAUCUCCCUUCCGCUAAAUUGGAACAAAUAUCAGUAAAGUUUCCAUUUUGGCAGGAAUUACUGUGACAUUUUUCAUUUUUCACGGCAAAAUAAAUUUUAUUUAAAUAACUCCUGCACCAACUUGACGCAGCAAAAAUCUAAUUAGCAUAUAAUUAUUCUAUUUCAAAUAGUUACGUAAGCAGAAUUUAUUUACACAAACUUUGCAUCUUUUAUUUCAUAAACAAUUUCUUUUUAAAUAAAGGUAGUAAGAAGCUCAUCCAACUUUUACUAGUCAGCAAGCGUCUAUUUGAAAUCCCAGAUAUCGCAAAAAGCUUUGAGAACCAAUUAAAAGAAAGAGAGAAAAAGGAAACAGUCAAAGUAGUAUCAGCCACUCCUUUAUCUGACACUGAAAAGCUUGAUGUCCAAAAAGCUUUACAAGAUCACGAUAAGACAAAGAAAUACGAGCUUAGUUAUGAUGUUGACCCAAGCAUCCUUGGUGGGCUUCAGCUUUAUUAUCCUACUGCUUUCAUGGACUUGUCUCUGAGAUCAAGAUUAGCGAAGAUCAAAGAAGAAGUCGGCAACUUGGCCGUCUAG